AUGGUUGGCCCUACGGCAUCACUCUCCAAUUUGAACCGUAGCGACGGUUCUGCGUCUUAUAAGUGCCCAACCACCGGCUAUAGCGUGCUCGGUUCGGUCAAUGCUCCUGUUGAGCUUCCCGCCCGCAAAGAUGCCCUGAAACCCGAAGAAGCCACCGUGGAAGUCUUCGUCAAACCGGGAAAUACCACGGCUGGCAUUGGUGAACGCUAUGUCGAGGGAAUAUUGCGCAGCGUGCUUCAGAAAGUGAUCCUGGGACGCGAAAGAGGAUUUCCUCGUCGCGGGGUGGUAAUCACCCUCGCGAUAAUGGCAGGCGAGGCUGUCCAACGAGGUGAUUCGUACAUUUCUCUCCUCCCAGCCCUCCUCCAAGCAUCCUUGCUCGCCCUUCUUUCGGCCGCCGUUCCCCUGUCCAUGACCUUCUCUACUGCACUGGUUGGCGUGACAAAGUCGGGUGAGAUCAUCACCAACCCCUCUGCGGAUGAUGUGAAGAUCGCCGCUUCCCUCCAUACCCUUACCUUCUCCUCCAAGGGCCAUCUACUUCUCAACGAAAGCCAAGGUUAUUUUGACUUUGACAUCUGGGAAAGCGUACGUGAGCGCGCACUCUCAAUCUGCCAAGAUUCGGGAAGAACCCGGCCUGAUGGCGAUGUCGCCAUGAGCGACGAGCCUGACAGUAUUCGCUUGGAUGGGUUUGUCCGCGAGACCGUGGAGGAUCGUAUUCACCGCGAUUACUCGUGGAAGAUCGAUUCGAUCUGA